GGACUUUAUAAAAUACUAUGUAUCAUCUAGGUUGUUUUAUUUUACUGCUACACACAUCAGCGGCGUUGUCGGAAAAAUGGUGUGAAUGUUCCAGUACGAAAUUGGGAUCAUGCAAUGGGUCUUGUCAAGACGCGGAUAUUGUUGGCAUUACAAACAUUUUUACGAACGCGUCCAUUGUUGCAGGCCAAGAAGAGUUUACGAAAAUGCUGGCACAGUAUCGAGAGAUCUCGGGAAACAGAUAUGCUUCUACGAAACCGUAUAACCUGAAGCAAGACAGGCCGUAUUGCAACGGGACGAUUAACCGUUUCAACUACACAUGUAUUCGGUCUGUAGAUAUCGCCGCCAUAUGCAGUAGUAACACUGUUUCCUUCCCGUUAUAUGGUGCAAUAUGGACUCCGGCCUACCCAGAACCCUCGGUCGCUGCCACAAAUAUGCGAACGUGUACAUGCAAUUUACAUAUACAAGCAAAGGAGUUCAAAGUGAUAAAUCAUGAUUAUAACCUGACGAAUGACCAGUCGUUAAAGUUCACAUUCACCAAUGGGUCAACAUAUCAAGAUUGGAAUUCUCCUUUCAACAUUUAUGAUGUUGAAAAUCGAAACAGCACUCUGAAAAAUGUAAACACAAAUAUCAGCUUAACAUGGACAAAUCCCAAUUUGGACAAGGAGCUUUUCUUUAUUGGAUUUGAAGUAACAAAUGGAACAGUGGACCUCACAUGUGAAAAGGGUAGCAGUUUUACUCCAUCAACAAAACAUACAUCGACAACCAGCGAGUCAACAUCAACACAAAAACCAUCGACAACAAGCGAGCCAUUAUCAACAACUCAAACAUCAGGAACAAGCGCACAUAAACAAACGACAGACUCCACUGGGGACGUUUCAUCAAGGGCACCAACAACGGCGACAUCUAAGAUUGCUACUAGUACUAUCAGUCUUAGAUCGAGUCCGCCAACUUUGGAUUUCGAUAAAACUACAGCUGUUGGUACACAUGAAACAUCUGAGCAACCGGAAGAGAAGAGCGGUUUCCCAUGGUACAUCAUCUUCGUAGUUGCACUUUUGCUUCUCAUUGCAAUUAUUGUGAUAAUAAUUGUGGUUAUCUGGAAGAAGAAACAGAAACGGAAGGUUGAACCAUCUGAUGAACGUAAAGAUCAAUCUGCAAGAGACACCGUUGCUAACACGAGAGCACCAGCAGCUUCAUUUGUCAAAUCUGUAUUUAAUGAAAAAACAACCGAUAGCAAAGACAACCAUGAUGAAGCAAUUACAGUAGAUGUGUUGCGCACUUUACCUCCUUUGAACCAAAACCAGCCAACCUUGACUGUAUGUUAUGAUGACGAAAAUAGGGGAAAUGAAGAUCAAUCAGACACUGCUACGAAGAAGAAGAAAAAGAAGAAGAGAAAGAAGAAGCAUAAACACCGGGAACAACUUGAUGACAACGAUGUAUAUGGAGAUCAAGCAGGAGAUGAAACAGAAGAACACUUAAUUGAGUUGCCUAAACGUCGUAAGCGUAAAAAGAAACACAAAGAAAAGAAAACAGAUGAAGAUAUAGAUGUAGAUGGGAAUGAUGGAUAAAACUUGAGAGAAACUUUCCCUUUCAUUUCCUUUACUCAACGUACAAUGUUGGUUUUUAUAUUCAAUUAACAUCAUUUGGAAAUUUUUCAGUGCUUGAGAGAUUAUAAUUUUUCUUAAGGGAUUACUGAAACCUAUGCAAGAUGUAAUACUAUUGUGAUUUUUGAUUUUUUAUUCUGUCAACGUCGUUGUGUUAAGAUUUACAAAGGCUGGUUAUACUUUAUCUUCGUUCACUAUGAUAUUUACAUAUUGUUGAAACAUCUUGAUCGUAUUUCGAAUUAUUUGUGAAUAAUAAUAUUACCUAUCCCUUUCAUGGUUCUCUACCUGAAAGGUUUUAAUGAAAAUACAACUUAAAACAAAAACAUAAACGAGGUAUCAUUCUUCUGUCUAUCCGUCAAACUGUCUCACUGUGA